GGAGCACUGCUAGGAAACUUCGGUAGAAGAUGGAGGGGGCGGGGAAGUCCUCCCAGGGCUUUACAGGAGUUCCUCUUAUGUGAUCUGUAUAACAACCCUGGAGCACCAGUGCAGAAAGCUGUACCUGUCCUAGACCGGCACACAAGUUGGCAAGGCCAGUUGAAACCAAGAUAGAAGGCCAUCACAGGAAAAGCUUGAACCAUUUACUGAGCACGCUAGCUAGAGCAGUGUUUGAGUUCAUGGGUCACACAUGGAGCCUGCCACCAUUUCUCUUUACCUGGGUUCUGCUGAAUUCUUGCAGUCAAGUCACAGGCCCAGGCAUGACUGCCAAUGUCACAGGUACUUACAUCGAUACAGGCAACUGCAUCUCAGAAGGGGUGCCCUCUCUGAACAAGACCGAGGGAGAUGAUGUUCUGUUCCAGUUACACCUAAAAGUAGGAAAUGAGACCCAGAGGAUUAGAUUGUAUUUGGAACCUAGGAAUCUGCUCCUACUCACCAUCUAUCCAGGGGAGAACAAUUCAAGCAGGAUCAUUCCCCAUAAGGAAUAUGAGGGGAGGCUGUCUGUCGCCGAUGAUAAGUCUGUGAUAUUAUUGCAUGUGACCUCUGAAGACAGUGGAUGUUAUGAAAUUCACACAUCAUCAGUCUCAGGAAACAUAAAUAUUCAGAAGUUCAAUUUAACUGUCUUUGGGACUGUGAAUUCCGAGUCUCACAUGAACCUAUGGAUUGGGUUAGCCACUGGGAUCAGCGUGGUCCUGCUAGCAAUAUAUUUUUUCUUUGGAAAAAUACCACAGCGUUUACUUAACAGAAUAAAAGGCAUCUACAGAAGAAGAAGAAACAUACCACCAGUACCAAACGAUAUGGAGGAGAGAAGUCUAGAGGAAGGAGAUGCAAUUGUUCAGAUGGCUUCCCUUUUAGAUCAAGAAACACAGACAAGGACACAGGAUAGGGCCUUGCCAGCUACAACCACACAAGACCAUGAAGGAGUGAUGCUGGCCACAGUCUGCACACCACAGGAAAGCAGCAGAGAACAGCCCAGACAGCAGCAGCAGGUGUCCACACUUUCCAUUGAUGGCGCAUACUGGCGGCAGACUGUGCCUCAGAAACAGGGCUCCAGGCCAUUUCCGACCAGCUCUACAGAAGGCCACCGAACACUUCCUCUACCUCGUUCCAAUUGUUCUUCAUAUAUUGUCUUCUGACAUUCACAUGUAAACUCUCUGAGGGCAGUGUGAAUGCCACGAUAGACCCUGGUGUCUGGAAGACCUCCAUUCAAAUUCUGCCUUAGCACUUAAUAACCUUGUGACCCUGGGCAAGUCACUUAGCCUCAGUU